CAUUUGCGCUAGCUCUGAACUCAGGGGUUUGAUUGUCAUCUUUCCCUUUUCUCCCAUCUCUAUUUCACACAUUUUUUUUCCCUUUGUCUGUUCCACUUCUUCUUGAUGACCAUGUUAUCACCUACCCCACUCUCUGGCAUUCGGAUAUCCUCCGUUGUCCCGGCGGAGGUGACCGGCGACGACAACAAGGACUAUCAACUCACAAAUAUGGACUUGGCCUUGAAGCUCCACUACAUUAGAGGUGUGUACUUUUUUUCAGCUGAAGCAGUUGAAGGUCUCACCAUUUAUGAGUUGAAGAACCCAAUGUUUCCAUGGCUAGCUCUCUUCUACACCAGCUCAGGUAGGAUUCGGAGAUCUGAAACGGGUAGACCUUUCAUCAAGUGCAACGAUGGCGGCGUACGGAUUGUUGAGGCACACUGUGACAUGGCCAUAGAGGAGUUGUUGUCAAGGAAUAAUAAUGAUGUUGAUAGUUUUCUUGCCCAUGAUCAAGUUCUUGGUCCGGAUUUAGGAUUCUCCCCUCUAGUCUAUUUACAGUUCACUUGGUUCAAGUGUGGGGGCAUGUCUGUGGGACUCAGCUGGGCCCAUGUUCUCGGGGAUGCAUUCUCAGCUUCAACCUUCAUCAACAAGUGGGGCCAAUUCAUGAAAGGUCAAGUGCCAUCCAAGUCUCUCCACUUGCCACACUCCAAGAAACCGGAAUACCCACUUUCAACUCACAGGGAACCAUUUUCACUAAGACGGGUCGAACCUGUCGGGGACUGCUGGCUAACUCCCAAUAACUGUAAAAUGGAAACUCAUUCUUUUCAUUUCACUGCAAAACAACUAGACAACAUAGUAUCAAACAUUUCCGGUCUAGUCCAUCCGGUGAAGAUCUCGCAAUUCGAAGUCAUCGUUGCGAUAAUUUGGAAAUCUUUAUCCAAGAUCAGGGAAGAUUCAGGGCCAAUAAUUGUGACAAUUUGCACAAAAUCAAUUUCUUGCAAUGGUGGUGAAAAUGAAAAUCCAAGCAACAAAAUGGCGUUUAGCAUUGCAAGAACAGAUUUCUACCCUGCGAAAGGAGAUUUAUAUGAGUUAGCAGUAUUGGUUGCAGAGAAUCAGGAAGAGGAAAAUGCUCUGAUUGAAGAAUCAGUUGAGAGUGACAAUGGAGACUAUAACGUCUAUGGAACAAAUUUGACUUUUGUGAAUUUGGAAGAAGCAGAUAUUUAUGGGCUGGAGUUGAAGGAACAUAAACCAAUUUUUGCAUAUUAUAGCAUCAAAAGUGUUGGUGAUGAAGGAGCUGUUCUUGUGCUUCCUGGGCCAGGUAAUGGCGACGACAAGAGAGGUGGGGGGAGGACAGUGACUGUGAUUCUGCAGGACAAUCAACUUGCAAAGCUAAAGAAUGAGCUCAGGAAGGAAUGGGGCAUCGUCUGAGGUAAUAAAAUAUCACAGUACAUGCAAACGUUUCAGUGAUGUGGCUUUUGCUUUGCUGCUGCUGAGUAGUACUAAAAGAGAUAGGUGUGAUUGAUUAUAAAAGAUCUAGCUGUGAUUGAUUAUACAUUAAGUGAUGAACGAUGAUAUUAUUAUCAAGAACUUACUCGUUGUAAUUAAGAUUAUGAGAACUUGGGAGGCACUGUAUUCUGAAAUUCUAAAAAUAAGCAAGUACUAUGUAACUUUUCACAUUUUAGGGGUUGUUUAGUACAAAAUUAAUAAAAAUAAUCAUUACCCAUUAA